GUGUAUAAAAGGGCGUGGCGAGUCCUCCCUUCCGAUUCCUUGCCAUCCUGCGCCGAUAGAAUGGCGAUCGCGUCGGAGGACGCGAUCGAGCGGCUUUCCAUGCUCACGGACGAAGCCGAUGAUCUGCUGAAGGCUACAUUUCAGAAUAUGCACCAAGGGCAUCUGACACAUACUUUGAUGCGCUUUCUCAAGGCUAGAGAGUGGAGCGUCCCUAAAGCACAUGAGAUGCUGGUGAACUGUUUAAACUGGAGGGUACAGAAUCAAAUUGAUGACAUUCUGUCUAAACCUAUAACUCCAGCAGGCCUAUACAGAGGAAUUCGUGAAUCACAAUUAAUAGGAUUAUCAGGGUACUCAAAGCAGGGCUUUCCUGUUUUUGCGAUUGGUGCUGGUCUCAGCACAUUUGAUAAAGCAUCUGUUCGCGACUAUUUGCAAUCACACAUUCAAAUUAAUGAAUACCGAGAUCGUGUAAUCUUGCCUGCUGCGAGUAAGAAAUACGGGCGACAUGUUGGAACAUGCUAUAAAAUUCUGGAUAUGACCGGUUUGAAGUUUUCAUCCUUGAGCCAGAUAAAGCUAUUAACCAUCAUAGCCACUGUCGAUGACCUAAAUUAUCCAGAGAAGACAGAGACGUAUUAUGUAGUGAAUGUUCCAUAUAUCUUUUCAGCUUGUUGGAAGGUCGUGAAGCCACUCCUGCAAGAAAGAACGAGAAGGAAAGUUCAAGUGUUGCAGGGCUGUGGCAGAGAUGAGUUAUUGAAGAUAAUGGACUAUGCCACCCUCCCCCACUUCUGUCGAAGAGAAGGUUCUUCGUGUUCUGGAGGCGCCGCCGACUGCUACUCCUUGGACCAUCCCUUCCACCAGCAGCUGUACAGGUACAUGAAGCGGGAAGCAGAGCGUAAGGAGGCGGAGAAUGGUGGGAAGCUUGGGAAGGAAGGGUCGUUCCCCGUGGAGGUGCCGAUACCAGAGGCCAUCAUCGAGUGGGAGCUCCAUAACAAGUUGGGGGACGCCAGUGGACGUGCCAUGGACACUCCAUCAUGAUGAUGAUGAUGCUUAUUAGCCGGGAGCUGCAGGAUUCGCGAAGGUCGAAUCCAGGUAGGUAGAUGAUAAUACCAUCGACGGUAUGUGGUGGGCAGCAGCAAAGCAAAGCAAAGCACCCAUCGUCAUGGUCGGGGUCUUUACGCCGCAGAAAGAAAGAUGGAAGGAAACCAGUCGUUUAUUCAGAUAUCAUCAAAUAA